CUUCCGACCAGUUGGAUUUUGUAUUCUUAAUUGAAACAACAUAGUAUCAUUUUCAUUUAUAAAAAAAAAAAGAAUGGCAGAUGCUGGUAACUGGUGUUUGAUCGAAAGUGAUCCCGGCGUAUUUUCUGAAUUAAUCAGAGAUUUCGAAGUGCAAGGGGUCCAAGUUGAAGAGCUAUGGAGUUUGGAUCCAGAACAGUUUGACAAAUUAAAACCUAUUCAUGGGCUCAUAUUUCUUUUCAAGUGGGUGCCAAAUGAAGAAGUGGUUGGAACAGUUGUUCAAGACAGUAGACUGGACAAGAUUUUCUUUGCCAAACAGGUCAUUAACAAUGCUUGUGCAACACAAGCCAUUAUCAGUAUCCUUCUAAAUAGCAAGCACCCUGACCUUCAUCUGGGCCCCACUCUUGGAGAGUUCAAAGAAUUCACUCAAGCUUUUGAUGCCAAUAUGAAAGGGUUAGCACUGAGCAACAGUGAUACUAUUCGAAGUGUUCACAACUCAUUUGCUAGACAAACUCUCUUUGAAUUUGAUUCCAAAUCAUCAUCUAAAGAUGACGAUACCUUUCAUUUUGUCGGAUAUGUUCCCAUUGAUGGCCGCCUAUAUGAACUUGAUGGUUUGAAAGAAGGUCCUAUUGAUCUUGGCGCCAUCCCAACUGAAGCUGACUGGAUCGAUGUCGUUAGGCCGAUAAUCGAGAAACGUAUUCAAAGAUACAGCGAAGGGGAAAUUCAUUUCAACUUGAUGGCAAUCGUUCCUGAUCGGAAAUUAGCGUGGCAAAAGGAGAUUGAACGGCUACAGUCACAGUCCGUUAUCACGACUGACAUGCAAAAUGAGAUCCAGCGGCUCUUGAUGCUUUGCGAAGAAGAAGAAAGCAAACGGAAGCGUCAAAAAGUAGAAAAUGUCCGGCGUAAACACAACUAUCUACCGUUAAUUGUCCAACUUCUCCGCAUGCUUGGUGAGAAAGGCCAAUUGCUUCCGUUGUACGAGAAAGCUAAACAAAGAGCAGUAGCCAAAGCUAUUACUCAGAAAAAAAGCUGAUUUAUUAAUGUAAAAACAACUUCCAAAGGAACAUGGAAUAAAAAUGUCGGACAAACUU